AAAUCACAUCACCAGCAGCCACCACCGUUCCUCCGAUUCUACAUCUGCUCGCAGCUCGAAGAGGAUCGUCAGCCAUGUCCGGCCGCGGCAAGGGAGGCAAGGGGCUCGGCAAGGGAGGCGCGAAGCGCCACCGGAAGGUGCUGCGGGACAACAUCCAGGGCAUCACCAAGCCGGCGAUCCGGCGGCUGGCCCGUAGGGGCGGCGUGAAGCGCAUCUCGGGGCUCAUCUACGAGGAGACCCGCGGUGUGCUCAAGAUCUUCCUCGAGAACGUCAUCCGCGAUGCCGUCACCUACACCGAGCACGCCCGACGCAAGACCGUCACCGCCAUGGACGUCGUCUACGCGCUCAAGCGCCAGGGCCGCACCCUCUACGGAUUCGGCGGCUAGGCCACCACCAGAUCAGUAGCCUGAUAGUCGGGUGUAGUCGCAGCAUCUCGCUGCUGUUUGUCCUGCCUUGUUUGUUCUCUGGAUGUACUUCUGUACUAGGAUGGAAUGGAAAUUGCAGCAGUUUACCCUUGAA